AUGCUUUCGAGUCUCGUAAAAUCCUUACAGGAGCUGUUUUUUGAAAUUUUGCGCCGUAAAGUGCAUAUUUUUUGUCACGUGAAAGAAAGUGCGAACGUUCUAGAACUGAAAAAAAUUGUCGAAGGAAUUUUAAAAGUGCCGGUUAACAAACAAGUCUUGAAGAAAAGGAGCGAAGAUGGAUUUUGGCAAACUAUCGAAGAUGGUCAGACUCUUUGUGAGUGUGGCUAUACUCCACUGAAUUCACGUGCUCAAGCACCAUCGCCAUUAGCGCUAGUUGUAACGAAUGAAGAAGAAGAUGUUAUCAUCGAACCGCUUUCAAUUCCACCACCUGUACCAGAUGCUAUAAGGCCUGAGCAAGCUGCUACGAACGAACAGUAG